UAUUAGAAAAUAAACAUGGAUAACGUUGGUGAAGUGCAAAUGGCGCGAGUUGCCACACGGGAGGCGUUGAGGUUCAUGACGGACUGCCUGAAGGCGGUCGGAGCUGCAUCGAGGGCUGCACAGCAGCAAGCGGAAUUGCUGAUAGAAGCUGAUAGAGUGGGUCAUCCUAGUCAUGGUCUUAAUAGAUUGGAACUUUACGUCAACGAUAUAAUAUCCGGAGCAUGCAUGCCCAAUAAUGAACCGAAAGUGCUAAAAGAAACUGCGUCCACAGCGUGGAUUGACGCCAAUAAUGUUCUCGGAGCUACAGUCAGUCAUUUCGCUAUGGACAUUGCUGUUAAGAAAGCCAAGGAGAGCGGUGUUGGUUGGGUAUCUGUCAAAGGAUCAAAUCACAAUGGAAUGGCUGGAUACUGGGCAAGAAAAGCUUCCGAAAAGGGCCUAAUUGGCAUGGCUUUUACGAACACCUCACCAUUACUUGCACCCACACGAAGUAAAAAGGCAGCAUUAGGAACGAAUCCUCUUUCGGUAGUGGCACCAGCUUCCGCCGGUGAAACAUUCUACCUGGACAUGGCAACCACUGCAGUAGCCGUUGGGAAGAUUGAGAUGCAAAUGCGCAAAGAAGAAAAACUUCCGAAUGGCUGGGCACAAGAUCCAGAUGGGAAAGAGACUAAUGACGCACACCUGGCCUUUAAAACAGGGUGCUUGAUGCCUUUAGGAGGGGGUGAACAAACGUCUGGCUACAAGGGAUAUGGGCUAGCUGCUAUGGUUGAGCUAUUCUGCGGUAUAUUAUCAGGUUCAAAUUACGGUCACCACAUUCGGUCGUGGUCACACAGCGGUGACGGCGGGCCGGCCAAUUUAGGUCAUUGUUUUGUGGCUUUAGAUCCAGAAUGUUUCGCCCCUGGGUUUGGGGAUCGUCUUACAGAUUGUAUACACCAUUGGAGGGAAUUAGAACCGGCGGAUCCAAGUUCGCCGGUCUUAGCACCAGGGGAUAAGGAAAAGAAACACGCAGAAUUAACAGAUGCUAAAGGAACCGUAUCGUACGUCAAACAGCAGAUUGAAUCCAGCGCAGCGCUUGCUAAAAGACUGAAAGUGACACCAAUGAAAGUUGAACCUGAAAUAUAGUCUGUUUCUAUAAAGGCAACUGUAGAAGCAUGUAUAAUCAAAUAUUUUUUAACACUUUAAUUUCAGAAGGAUCGAUCUGGUUCAUUUAAAUGAUCACAUGGUACAGGUUGUAGGUCGAGAGAUCGUAGGCAUUUUAUUAAACGGCGCCGUUUAAUUAACUGUUUGAAUGAAUUGAAUGGCUUGUGUUUAGUCUUUGUUUUUUUGUCACACGUUUUCAAAUCGUUUUUCUAGCCGUUACAUACAAAAUGCCGUCUAUCAUGAUAGUUCGUAGUAAAACGGCGAGUAAAUAAAGUCUUCAAUAAUAAUGUAAUUAUGUUGUGUUAUAUAGUAAUUAAGAGUAUUAUAUAAAUUAGCAUACUUUUAUCAAG